AUGAAUAUAAGCCAAACCACAAUAUACCGAUAUUUCAGCGUUUGAAUUUUCAUUUUCAACUUUGACUUAUUUUCUCACGCAAAAGCAAUUAUUCUCUUAUCUCUCGCCUAUUUCAACAUCAAAUUUGCAGAAAACCUGAUAACCUACUCCCUCAUCUACUUCACAACCCCAAACCCAUCAAUUUUCGAAAUUGGGCUCAUUCUUUCUACUUUUCUGUUCCCACUCGAAGAAAUUGAGCCUAAAGCCCUUACAUUUAAGCUGAUUUUAUGGUUCCUUCUCAAGACUACUUGUAAUAGAAACAUUAUCGAGCUAUCGAUUCUUAUCAUUAUAGUAUCAGUUUACUCUCUAUAUCAAAAUUCCAGUCAUCAUGCCAAAUCUGAGCUGCACACAAAAUUAGAAGAGCUGCAAGUGGAGCUUGCAGCUUCAAAAGAACGCGAACAUUAACAUUAGGAUUAGUGGGUGUCUGCCGUAUUGGUUACGCAGUUACCACGGACUCCGAAGAGUUGACAAACUUUGUGCCGUCUUGGUUUCACCUUGAUCGACAGGAAAUGAUUCGCUUGAAAAUUGUACAGCUCGGAUCCAUCCCUUCACCUUCUUGAGACCCUAAUGCCAUGGAAAUCAGAAGUGAAGAUUUCUCCAAGGCGUUUUUCGGCUGGCUAUGGACUUCUGCGGCUUUUACAUGAAUCACGAAGGUUGGCCACACAAAAAUCCCAAAAAAAAUGAAUCUCUGGUGUCCUCCUCCUAACUCCCCCCCCCCUCCGUGAGUGAACAAAAAAAUUUUGUUCACUCACGGAGGGGGGUUUUUUUUUUUUUUUACAAAAAUUUAUAUAUAAAUUUUAUAAAAAAUGUUUUUUUUCGAAAUUUAAAAAAAUCCUAAUUCGCAAAAAAUUGGAAAGCAAAUAUUAAUCUAAUUUAUAAAAUUUAUGUUUUAAAAAGCAAUUCGUUCAAAAUUAAAUAGAAUUAGCUCUAGAUUUCAUUAUACUAAUUAUCAUUUAUAUAUUAAAAUUUUUUCCAUAAAAAAUUUUUUCUAUUAAAAAAAUUUUUGUUGACUCACGGAGGGUGGGUUUUUGGUCAAAAAAUGGCGAUUUUUCUAAUGGUGUUGUUCACUCACGGAGGGGGGGGGAGUAAGCAAACUCCCAGUUUCACGCUAGGCAGUUUCCCGAUUGGUCUAGGCUCCCUGUAGACCUUGCUGAGCUUGCCCUUUCCAAGCCUGUCUUCCUCCUUUCCUUCUAGGUAAAACCCAAUCCCGAAUUCAGACUGAGGGCUAGGCUCUGUACAGUACCAGAGUUGCUUACCGAGCAUUGCCACCCAUUUCAAGGUUGGUACAACCUUGCCGGAUAUAAUUAAAUAUUUGCUCGAAGGAAGUCGGCGUAUCCGACCGCGAAGCGCUGAGACGCCAUAUUUAAUUAUAAAAGAACGCGAACAAAACAAGCCAAACCUGUCAAUGAGGGUCAGAAGAAUCAUAAAGAAAUUAAAGUUGAUGCAAGAAACCAAUGGGACGAAAUCAGUUUCAAGCCAAGAUUCUGUAGAAUACACACAGGAGCGGAAAGACACAGAUCCUGACAUAAAGUUUUUAAGUCAUGACAGGAUUAAUAACACUGAUUCCCCCCUUCGUGAUCGAACAAAAAAUCUUGUUCGCUCACGGAGAGGAGUUAAUUUUUUUUAAAAAAAAAUUAUAUAGAAAAUUUUAUAGAAAAUUGUUUUUCGAAAUUUAAAAAAUCCUUGGAAAGUAAAUAUUAUAAUUAGCUAGAGAUUUCAUUAUAAUAAUAAUUAUCACUUAUAUAUCAAAAAUUUUUCCCAUAAAAAAAUUUUCUAUUAAAAAUUUUGGUAAAAAAUUGGGAUUUUUCUAAUGGUUUUGUUCGCUCACGAAAGGAGGAGUGAAGGAAAUGAGCCUCUUGAUACCAGAUUUUGGCUGUCUUCUGAAGAAAUAAAAGAUAUUAUCUAUAACUUGGUGACAACAGAGACUGCAUUAUGGCCACAGUCAAGACCAAAAGAAGAGCCAGAUGUAGCCAAUGUAAGUUUAGAAGCCAAAAGAAGGUAUACACAAGCUGUUGCUUAUACUGGGCAAAACUCUGAAGCAAUUUUUAAAGCUCAAAGGGCAAGCAUAAAGCCACCCAGUUUAGGGUCCACCAGGGUGAGCUUUGGAGUGAUGAGAAGCACUGUAGAAGAAAAUGAAGACCUAGGCGGCCAUUUAGAGAAAAUAGGGAUGUGGGACUUUGAUACAUUAGGAUUAUUAGAAUUAACAGAUAAGCCAGCCUUUGAAGUAGGGUUUUAUGUCUUUGAGACGCUAGGGCUGACUGAAGAGUUCCAUAUAGAUUCUCAUAAGUUAUUGAGUUUUUUAACGGACGUAGAGCGGUCUUAUAAUGCGACAAAUUAUUAUCACAAUGCGCUACAUUCUGCUGAUGUCACCGCUUCAACUGUAUUUUUGAUUAGAGAAGGAGUUGGAAGAUGCGGCAAUUUGCUGUCUAUUGAUGUUUUUUCACUAAUUGUGGCAGCUUUAUGCCACGAUAUUGGACAUCCUGGGUUUAAUAAUGCAUUUUUGGUAGCAAAAGACGAUAAAUUAGCUUUAAAGUACAAUGAUCAAAGUGUUUUGGAAAACAUGCACAGCUGCUCUACAUUUAAAAUAUUAAGAAGUGAUGACUGCAAUAUUAUAGAUAGACUUUCAAGAGCUGACUAUUUGAGGUUUAGAAAAGUUGUGAUAAUGUCAAUUCUCGCUACUGAUUUACAGAGACAUUAUGAUGUUCUCAAUGAAUUCAAAACCAGUGUAAAAGCUCACACAAAAUAUGAAGACGAAAAAUUUAGGAUUUUGGCUUUACAGGCAACACUUAAAUGUGCAGAUAUUGGGCAUGGCUCGAAAAAGCUUGACUUACACAAAAUUUGGUCAGGACUUAUUACUAAAGAGUUUUUCAGACAAGGAGAUACAGAAAGACAAAAAGGAAUGACGGUAACUCCUUUAUGUGACCGAAACAAUAUCGUGGUUUCUAGAUCUCAAAUGGGAUUUUUGAAUUUCUUAGCAAAACCUUUAUUUGAAUGCUAUGAAGAAUUCGUGGUGAGCAAUAAUGAAGAGCAAGACAAAGACGACUUAGAAAUCAAAAUAUGCACAAAAAAUAUAUUCAAUAACCUAGCUUAUUGGGAAGAAGAAGCCCAGCGAUACGACGAAGGGAGACCUGAAUAUCUUUUAGACGACUCUCCUCCUCCACUAUUGAAGAAAAAACUGCAAAACGCCUAG